UUUGAAAUUUUUUUGGGCACCGCCUGCUCGUCUCCGCUGCUGCAAUCAGCAACCAACCCUCAUGUGAAGCGAGGCCGCGUUGGUUGCCCGUUUCGCUAGCUCCCAACCCAAAUCCGCGUCCCUCGCUCGUGUCCGCGUCUUGCUCCUCUCUCUCACGCCACUCACGCGAGCUCGCUUGCUGCUUCCUGUGGACUUGUUCGUCUUCCAACUCCUGCUUCCUGUCUGUCCCCAACUCGGAGCGGCGACGCCGAGCUCACCAACCCUCCCGUCCGGCCACCCCGUCCCCACCCACGGCUACUACUACUAGUACCCGGCGCUCCCCCUUCCUCGUUCCAUUCAUUUGCCACCGCCGUCCCCUCCUCUCCUCUGCCCCUUCGCUUCUCUCUGUCCUUCCUACCGCUUCUAUUUUAGUUCAUUCAACUCAGGUUCCAUUCGUCGUUCAAAGAAGAGCAAGGAGCUUCACAGAUCCGGCCGCCGCCGCUACCUCACUCUACUUCCUGCUGUGGCCCCUGGCUUCCUCCCCUCCCUCCCUGCUUCUCCCCCAUCUGAAUCUGCGUGCGCGCCGCUGCUUCUUGCUUUGAAUCCUGUCCCGGGGUUCCGCCCUGAUUUCUCGGUCUUUGUCGGAUUUGCUUUCCGUUCGCAAUUCGCAAGGAGGACCAAAAAAAAAAAAAGUUGCCAUCUUUUUUCUGUCCUUCCGCAGCGAAAUCUGCCGGUUUUGAUUGAUCAGCCACCGCCACUGACCGAUCCGUACCUGCAUCCUCCAGUACCCGGGCCGCCCGCCAUGGCCUCCACCGGCGGCGGCGGCGGCCUCCGCCACAGCAACAGCAGCCGCCUCUCGCGCAUGUCCUUCUCCGGCGGCGGAAGCGACGACGCCCGCGCGCAGGCGGCCGCCGCCCCGGGCGGCGACCGCCCCAUGGUCACCUUCGCCCGCCGCACCCGCUCGGGACGCUACGUCAGCUACUCCCGCGACGACCUCGACAGCGAGCUCGGCGCCGCCGGCGUCGACAUGUCCCCCGACCGCGACGAGCAGUUCGCCAGCUACCACGUCCACAUCCCGGCCACGCCCGACAACCAGCCCAUGGACCCGGCCAUCUCCGCCCGCGUGGAGGAGCAGUACGUCUCCAACUCCCUCUUCACGGGCGGCUUCAACAGUGUCACGCGCGCGCACCUCAUGGACAAGGUCAUCGACUCGGAGGCCAGCCACCCGCAGAUGGCGGGGGCCAGGGGCUCCUCCUGCGCCGUCAACGGCUGCGACGCCAACGUCAUGAGCGACGAGCGCGGCGACGACAUCCUCCCCUGUGAGUGCGACUUCAAGAUCUGCGCCGAGUGCUUCGCCGACGCCGUCAAGAACGCCGGUGCCAUCUGCCCCGGGUGCAAGGAGCCAUACAAGAACACGGAGCUUGACGACGUCGUUGGCGCUGCCGCUGAUGCCACAGCCGGGGGCAGGCCUACGCUCUCGCUGCCCCCGCCGCCUGGCGCCGCUGCUUCCAGGAUGGAGAGGAGGCUCUCCAUCAUGCGCUCCCAGAAGGCCAUGACCAGGAGCCAGACCGGAGACUGGGACCACAACCGCUGGCUCUUCGAGACCAAGGGGACGUAUGGGUAUGGCAAUGCUAUCUGGCCCAAGGAGAAUGAGGUGGACGCUGCAGGCGGCUUGGGUGGAGGUGGAGCUGAUGGACAGCCGGCCGAGUUCACCACCAAGCCAUGGAGGCCGCUCACUCGGAAGCUUUCCAUCCCUGCUGGAGUACUCAGCCCAUACAGGCUUCUCAUUCUUAUCCGCAUGGCCGUCCUUGGUCUGUUCCUUACUUGGAGAAUUAAGCACAAGAAUGAGGAUGCCAUUUGGCUCUGGGGCAUGUCUGUUGUCUGCGAACUCUGGUUUGGUUUUUCAUGGCUGCUCGACCAGCUGCCAAAGCUGUGCCCUGUGAACCGGGCCACCGACCUUGCCGUCCUGAAAGACAAGUUUGAGACCCCAACGCCGUCCAACCCUACUGGACGGUCGGAUUUACCAGGGCUUGAUAUAUUUGUGUCUACUGCUGAUCCGGAGAAAGAACCUCCACUGGUCACAGCAAACACUAUCCUGUCCAUCCUUGCUGCUGACUACCCUGUGGAGAAGCUUUCUUGCUAUGUUUCUGAUGAUGGAGGGGCUCUCCUGACUUUUGAAGCCAUGGCUGAAGCUGCUAGCUUUGCUAAUAUGUGGGUUCCUUUCUGUCGCAAGCACAACAUUGAGCCUCGCAAUCCUGACAGCUACUUCAAUCUUAAGAAGGACCCAUACAAGAACAAGGUUCGCCAGGAUUUUGUCAAGGACAGGAGGAGGGUCAAGAGGGAGUAUGACGAGUUCAAGGUCAGGAUCAAUGGUCUGCCUGACUCGAUACGCCGACGCUCUGAUGCGUACCAUGCCAGAGAGGAAAUCAAGGCUAUGAAGAGGCAGCGUGAGGCCGCUCUUGAUGAUGCAGUGGAGCCUGUUAAGAUCCCUAAAGCUACAUGGAUGGCUGAUGGCACUCACUGGCCUGGUACUUGGAUUCAACCUUCUGCUGAGCAUACCCGUGGUGAUCAUGCUGGAAUUAUUCAGGUGAUGCUGAAACCUCCCAGUGACGAUCCCUUGUACGGCAGCACCGGUGAUGAAGGCAGACCUCUUGAUUUCACCGAGGUCGACAUCCGUUUGCCAAUGCUGGUGUAUGUGUCCCGAGAGAAGCGGCCUGGUUAUGAUCACAACAAGAAGGCUGGAGCGAUGAAUGCUCUGGUCCGUUCAUCUGCUGUCAUGUCAAAUGGCCCCUUCAUCCUCAACCUCGACUGUGAUCACUAUGUCUACAACUCGCAAGCUUUCCGCGAAGGGAUGUGCUUCAUGAUGGACCGUGGUGGCGACCGCAUUGGUUAUGUCCAGUUCCCGCAGCGGUUUGAGGGCAUCGAUCCAUCAGAUCGCUAUGCCAACCACAACACCGUCUUCUUCGACGUCAACAUGCGCGCGCUGGAUGGUCUCAUGGGACCAGUCUAUGUUGGCACUGGCUGCCUUUUCCGCCGUGUUGCCCUAUAUGGAUUUGACCCUCCGCGCUCCAAGGAGCACGGUGGCUGCUGCAGCUGUUGCUUCCCCCAGAGACGCAAGAUCAAAGCUUCAGCCGCUGCACCGGAGGAGACCCGGGCUCUAAGGAUGGCAGACUUCGACGAGGAUGAAAUGAACAUGUCGUCGUUCCCCAAGAAGUUUGGUAACUCGAGCUUCCUCAUCGACUCCAUUCCGAUUGCUGAGUUCCAAGGGCGCCCGCUUGCUGAUCACCCUGGUGUCAAGAACGGCCGCCCUCCCGGUGCUCUCACUGUCCCCCGUGACCUUCUGGAUGCAUCCACAGUCGCUGAGGCCGUCAGUGUCAUCUCAUGCUGGUACGAAGACAAGACCGAGUGGGGCCACCGUGUUGGUUGGAUCUAUGGCUCGGUGACGGAGGAUGUGGUCACUGGGUACCGGAUGCACAACCGGGGUUGGAAGUCGGUGUACUGUGUCACCAAGCGUGACGCCUUCCGCGGCACCGCGCCCAUCAACCUGACCGACCGUCUCCACCAGGUGCUCCGGUGGGCUACUGGAUCAGUGGAGAUCUUCUUCUCCCGCAACAACGCGCUGCUGGCGAGCCGCAGAAUGAAGUUCUUGCAGAGGAUCGCGUACCUGAACGUGGGUAUCUACCCGUUCACGUCCAUCUUCCUGAUCGUCUACUGCUUCCUGCCGGCGCUGUCGCUGUUCUCGGGGCAGUUCAUCGUGAAGACGCUGAACGUGACGUUCCUGACGUACCUGCUGGUGAUCACGCUGACGCUGUGCCUGCUGGCGGUGCUGGAGAUCAAGUGGUCGGGGAUCAGCCUGGAGGAGUGGUGGCGGAACGAGCAGUUCUGGCUGAUCGGCGGCACGAGCGCGCACCUGGCGGCCGUGCUGCAGGGCCUGCUGAAGGUGGUGGCGGGCAUCGAGAUCUCCUUCACUCUGACGUCCAAGUCGGGCGGCGACGACGUGGACGACGAGUUCGCGGACCUGUACAUCGUCAAGUGGACGUCGCUGAUGAUCCCGCCCAUCGUGAUCAUGAUGGUGAACCUGAUCGGCAUCGCGGUCGGGUUCAGCCGCACCAUCUACAGCGAGAUCCCGCAGUGGAGCAAGCUGCUGGGCGGCGUCUUCUUCAGCUUCUGGGUGCUGGCGCACCUGUACCCGUUCGCCAAGGGCCUGAUGGGGCGGAGGGGCCGCACGCCGACCAUCGUCUUCGUCUGGGCGGGCCUCCUCUCCAUCACCAUCUCGCUGCUGUGGGUGGCCAUCAACCCGCCGUCCCAGAACCAGCAGAUUGGUGGGUCGUUCACAUUCCCCUGAAAGCUCUCUGGGCCAAUGGCGGAUUCAUGCAUGCUUCGUCGCAGUGGGAUCCUUGCGUUGCUCUGCAUCAGUUCCUGGUUGCAGCGGUUCACUAUCUGAGGACGAAGCUGCUGGGGGGAAUGUGGGAUCCUGACUGUCGAACUGGCUACUUUUUUGUUGUCGAAGCUGAUAAUACUCUUAUGAUGAGCUAUAGUAGUAGUUCUUUUGUUCUUUUGUUUUUGCUAUAUAUAAAAUACAUGUUCUGGUCCCAUAAUUUGGUUAUGUUGGACAAUUAAACGUGGAGCCCCAAAUUUCCAGUCUUUUGUUGGA